UCGCAGGUUCUAGUGGCCUUUGAAACACCAUUGAUCCUUUUAACAUAACAAUGCGCUAUAGAUUGAACCAGGCCUGUGUGGACAAUAAUGUAUUGAUGACGAUGCCCGCGGUCUCACUUUUUCCUCAUAUGACACAUGCCCAUUCAGUGUUAAGUCAUGUUAUUUACAUGCGUUUGCUCAAUAGGUGUGUGAUCGUACAUGGUCGCCAACUUGGCAUGUACGUCUUAAGCAGACACGCUUUGGUGUGAUGAUCAAUAUUUGAUGUUUCCAAACAAUCCCUCCCUGCAGAGAUUGACGUCGAUAAAGCCGUGACCUAAAUGCACAUUUCCCGGACUUCCUGUGGAAUUGAUGUUGUUGCCGCGCUUCCCUGAACAACAGCUUUAUACCGCAUUAGCUCGAUGAACGAUGGGGAUCGUUCAGAAGGCGAGGUGAUCCCAACCCAUUUGUUAGUUCACUUUUGUUUUGCUGCACUGUUUUUUUGCGGGGAAGACAGCAUGACCCACGGAGAUUUGAGUCACCAUCGUCCAUCUGUCCAUGCCGGAAGUCACAAUGGCAAGAUGGACGACUGGAACGUUCUGGGUGGCAUCUUGGAGGAGCUACACGCGCACUCCACAAUGGUGGGAAAAAUGUGGCUGACGCUGCUGCUCGUGUUUCGAAUGUUGGUGCUGGGCGUGGCGGCCGAGGACGUCUGGACUGACGAGCAGGACCACUUUGCGUGCAACACGCAGCAGCCGGGCUGCCGCAACGCCUGCUACGACCUGGCCUUUCCCGUGUCACUCGUGCGUUUCUGGGUGCUGCAGGUGGUCUCCGUGGCGUCCCCCUCACUGGUCUACGCCAGUCAUGCUCUCUACAGGCUUCGGGCUCUGAAAAAAGCGCGGCAUCUUAGGAAGGUCUCGCUCAGGAGACGGCUGGAGGAAGUGGAGUUGGAUGAAUCCAAGCAGCGAAUUGAGCUGGCGCUGAAGCGGCUCGAGCGUGGGAGGUCUAACAAGGCACCCCUCAGGGGGACGCUGCUGCGCACCUACGUGGUCCACGUGCUCACACGCUCCGCCGUAGAGGUGGGCUUCAUGGCCGGGCAGUAUCUCCUGUAUGGCGUGCGGCUGUACCCGCUGUUCAAAUGUCAGUGUUACCCUUGUCCCGACACCAUCGACUGCUAUGUGUCCAAGCCUACGGAGAAGAGCAUCUUCAUGGUCUUUAUGCAGUUCAUGGCCGCACUGUCCCUCAUCCUCAAUGUCCUGGAGAUCCUAAACCUGGCCUCCAAGGUCGUGAGGAGGGACAUCAUUCUUAUCACAGAGAGGCAGCAAGAAAGCGCCUUGGCUAUGGCGGAGUUCAGUUAAGCCAGGGCGGGGCAAUUUGUCGAUACUCCGUGACUUCAACCUGAAGCCGCAAGGUUAGUCCAGUAACCCUAUAUAGUUUCCUAGAAAUGUGUUUUAUUCUUUUAAAAAAGAUACUGUAAACCACUGGAUAGCAUUUGCAAAAUAUUUUUAAUCAUUCAAAUAAACUCACAAAACUCACCUGCUACUAAUGUGUGCAUUUAAAUCAAACACAACAAAAAUAUACAGGACUUACUGUGUCUAGACAUCGUACAAGUAUCGUACUGAAAUGGCUUUCGUUUUGAUGUUUCCUCUGCAGUGUUUUCAUUGAUUUCUACACAAUUACAAUCAGUUUAACGUGACAAGACUAAGUGAAGAUGUGACGUUACAACCUCAAUAUACGUCUGAGCAGCAAUUAUGAAUAUAAAAGCUGUAGGUAUGGUUACGUGUCAGUAAAUAUAUUCUCAGCUGUCCUAUUCAUAAUGUGAAUUUUAGAUGACUUGUGUGGUGAUAGAAAAA